AAAGCAAAGCAGUAUUAGCUCAUUAAAAAGAAGCUAUCCCUUUAUCUUGGGGCGAAAGAAAGCUUCUGCUUAAGGUAUUCCAAUCCUUUAAUCUAUUGAAAUUCUAAUUUUAUCUUGAUAAUUAUUAUUGAUAAUAUUCUUUUCGCUAAGAAAUUUGAUUUCACCUCACCGAUUUCUCGCUAAACGCAAGUGAAAGAAAAUGGGAGGAAGUGUGGGUUAUGAUGAUUGGGAGUUAACAUCUCCCGGUUUCGAUGAUGCGAGAACUUUAGUCUUACUUGGAAGAACCGGGAAUGGAAAAAGCGCGACGGGUAAUAGUAUUAUUGGACGGAGAGCAUUCAAGUCGAUGUCUAGUUCAGCUGGCGUCACCAGCACAUGUGAGCUCCAGCAGACUGUUUCAUCCGAUGGGCAGAUCAUUAACGUUAUUGACACCCCAGGGUUGUUUGAUUACUCUUCCGACAGUGAAAUGAUUGGAAAAGAAAUUGUUAAAUGCAUUAGCAUGGCCAAGGACGGUAUUCAUGCCGUUCUUGUAGUUUUUUCAGUCAGAACCCGCUUUUCAAGAGAAGAGGAAGAAGCUGUUCGCAGUUUGUGUAGAUUUUUCGGAAACAAACUGACUGACUACAUGAUUUUAGUUUUCACGGGCGGGGAUGAUCUUGAAGAAAAUGAAGAAACUUUGGAUGAUUAUUUAGGCCGUAGCUGUCCUGAGCCUUUGAAAGAAAUACUUGAGUUGUGUGGGAACAGGAAAGUGCUUUUUGAUAACAAGACAAAGGAUAAAAGAAAGAAAGAUUCGCAGUUGACACAACUUCUCAGCCUUGUAAACACAGUGGUAGAUCGGAACUGUGGGAAACCAUACACUGAUGAGAUAUUCUCUGAGUUGAGGGAAGGAGCUGUUCAAAUCCGUAAUCAAGUUGCAGAGUUUAGUUCAUUGGGAUGCUCCAAACAAGAGAUAUCUGAAUGGAAGGAUCAAUUGCAAAAAUCUUAUGAUGACCAACUUCAGCGGAUCACUGAAAUGGUGGAGACAAAGCUGAGGGAGACCACCCACAGGCUCGAGGAACAAUUGGCGAAAGAGCAAGAAGCUCGUUUGCAGGCGGAGAAAAGUGCAAGAGAAGCCCAAGAGAAAUCUAACGAUGAGAUCCGCAAGCUGAGAGAGAAUUUGGAGAGAGCAGAAAAGGAGACCGAGAAGCUCCGCAAGGAAGCGAAAGAAAGAGGAUGCUCUAUCCUGUGACCAAACUGGGUGAGUGUAUUAUAUCAAGGGAAAUCGAGAAGUUUAUUUUAGGGACGAAGUAGUUUUUGGUUCUGUUACUUGAUUAGUCUGCUCAUAUAGUCAUAUGUUUUGAGAUAAAUUCUAUUUCUGUUUAUAUCUAGCUAAAUUGGGUAAGAUUUGCUUGACUUUGGAUUAGAUAUACAACAUGUUAUAUAUGGGCUUCUUUAAUAAUAAAAAAACAUAUGUUAUAUAUCGUCUAUCUAUAUUGGAAAAAAAACUUCCAAUAAAGAGAGUGAUGAUGU